AUGGCUUUCGUGCUGCUGGUAGUUGUUGCAGUCAUGUUGCACCUAGCCUCUACAUCAGCGCAGCCUGCCCUCGGAUGCAAAACACAAUGUGGUGAUGUCCACAUUCCUUAUCCGUUUGGCAUUGGUAUUGGUACUGGCUGUGCUAUUAAAGGUUUUGAGAUCAUUUGUAAGAGUACUGCUAAUGGAAUCUACAAGCCGUUCAUGUUCGUUCAGAAUGUGGAGGUUAUAAGCAUCUCAGCGCCCCUCGGUCAAGUCCGAGUUUUCAACGACAUCUCGACAUACUGCUACAAUACAAGUUCAAGAGCAAUGGUACAGAACGCUUGGUCCCUUGACUUCUCGCGAAGCCCGUUCCGCUUCUCCUAUGUACGCAACAAGCUCAUAGUCAUUGGCUGUAACACGCUCGCAUACAUCAACAACUUGGGAAGCACCGCAAAGUAUACGACAGCGUGUGCAGCGGUGUGUGAGAGCCCGGCAGCACUGACAAACGGUUCUUGUGUUGGCGCAGGCUGCUGCCAAAACGAUAUACCAAAGGGUCUAAGGGGCUAUAGCUUCAGUUUUUUUGACGUUUACCGUAAGUCCAAUAGUACACUUUUCAACCCAUGUGGCUACGCCGCUAUGGUGGAGGCAGAGACAUUUAGUUUCAUCUCGGACUUCAUAACCACUACAAGGUUCAAUGAUACCGAUGAUGGGCGGAAGCCACUGGUGCUGGACUGGGUGGUCGGAAAUGCAACGUGUGAAGUGGCCAGAGAUAUGCCUUCUUAUGCGUGCCAUAGCAGGAACAGCAUGUGUGUGAACUCGACCAACGGCCAAGGGUAUCUAUGCAACUGCACCGACGGAUAUGAAGGGAACCCUUACCUCUUUGACGAAUGCAGAGAUGUCAAUGAAUGUGAGAAGAAUUCAAGUAUAUGCCCGAAGUCUGCAACAUGCCAUAACACUAUAGGAGGGUAUUAUUGUUCAUGUUCUGCAGGCAGAAAAUUUGUAAUGGAAACAAAAUCUUGUAACCCAGACAUCACCCUAAUCAUAGGCAUUAGCAUUGGUGUCGUCGUUCUGGUGAUUAUCAUCUUCUGCAUACGUGUAAUAUUUGAGAGAAGAAAUCUUGCGAACAUAAAAAAAAAGUACUUUCAGCAGCACGGAGGGAUGCUAUUGUUUGAGAAGAUGAAAUCAGAUCAGGGACUUUCAUUUACAGUGUUUACUGAAGCAGAACUGAAACAAGCAACAAAUAAAUUUGACGAAAGCCUGAUUCUUGGACAUGGAGGCAAUGGCACUGUGUACAAGGGAAUAAUUAAGGAUAUCACUCCAGUGGCAAUUAAAAGGUGUGCAUUGGUUGAUGAUAGGCAGAAGAAGGAAUUUGGCAAGGAAAUGUUGAUUCUUUCGCAGAUCAAUCACAAGAACAUUGUCAAGCUAUUGGGGUGUUGCCUUGAGGUGGAAGUCCCCAUGCUAGUAUAUGAGUUCAUCCCAAAAGGAACAUUGUUUGAUCUUAUUCAUGGCAAGAACCAUAAACAGCAUCUCCCUUUCAGUUCUCUUCUAAGGAUCGUCAAUGAGGCAGCUGAGGGGCUUGCAUUUUUACAUUCCUAUGCAAACCCACCAAUUCUACAUGGUGAUGUGAAAACCUCUAACAUCCUUCUUGAUGAGAAUUACAUGGCAAAGGUGUCAGAUUUUGGGGCAUCUAUAAUAGCACCAACUGACAAAGCCCAGUUCGUCACAAUGGUUCAAGGGACGUGUGGUUAUCUGGACCCCGAAUAUAUGCAGACAUGUUGCUUGACAGACAAAAGUGAUGUUUAUAGCUUUGGCGUUGUUCUUCUAGAGAUCCUAACUGGGGAGGAGCCACUGAAACUUGAAGGUCCUGAGGUAUGCCGGAGCCUGUCGUCAAGUUUCCUGCUGGCUAUGAAGGGGAACAACCUUGAUAAUAUGCUCGACGAUCAAAUAAAAGGUCAUGAGAACAUGGAGUUGAUUGUAGGGGUAGCAGAUCUAGCUAGGCAAUGCUUGGAAAUGUGCAGUGAAAAUAGGCCCUUGAUGAAAGAGGUAUCUGAGGAGCUUAGCAGAUUAAGGAAGCUUUCGAGGCAUCCUUGGAUACAUCAUGAUAUUGAGACAGAUAGCUUUCUCGGUCCGAUUGAAAUAGAACAAAGCUCUAAGUACACAGAGAAGGAUGAAAGAAUGCCCAUAAAUCCAAACAGUUUUUACCUUAUGAGGUGAACGAAAACACUGUGAAUUUUAUGCU